AUGGCUGAGGGGAAACGAGCCAAGACCUACCAUUUUCACCCUGAGUGGGAGCAAGAUUAUUUUUUUGUUUAUUCUCAUUCAAAGCCUGUUUGUUUGAUUUGCAAUACAACGGUGGCAUUGGCAAAGAAAGGGAAUCUGGAGCGGCAUUUCAAAACGGUACACAGGAGCUAUGAGAGGGAUUUCCCUGCAAAAACACUUUUACGUGCCACAAAAGUGCGGGAUUUGAAAGCACAGCUUGCAGCACGGCAGUCAAUCUUCACCACACCGAAGACCCAGAGUAAGGCUGCAACUAUUGCUUCCUAUCGGGUCAGUCACGUCCUUGCCAAACAUAACAAGCCAUUCAAAGACGGCGAUAUUGUGAAGGAAGCCUUUCUCGAGGCAGCGGAUAGCCUUUUUGAUCACUUUAAAAAUAAAACAGAGAUCGUGGACGCCAUUAAAGGAGUGCAACUCUCCCGCAAUACUGCUACAAGGCGGUGUGAGGGAAUGGCUGUGGAUGUGGAGGAACAACUCAGGAAGGAUAUUGAUACAUGUGAGUGCUUUUCCCUCCAAUUUGAUGAGUCGACUGAUAUGGUGGAUGUGGCACAAUUGUGUGUUUUCAUCAGAAUGGUUUUUGAAGACAUGAGCACCAAGGAAGAGCUACUCACCAUUUUGCCAUUAAAAGGACACACCAGAGGUGAGGAUAUUUUUAAUGCUUUCAUGGGAUUUGUUAGCGGGACAAAACUGCCGCUCUUCAAGCUGAUCUCCAUCACAACUGAUGGGGCGCCGUCUAUGGUGGGCCGCACCAUUCGGGCCAGGAGUCUGCAGAGAAGGCUUUUCCGUGCUCACUUGGAGGAGAAUGAUGCUGAGCACACAGACUUGCUGCUUCACACGGAUCUUGAGGACCACCAGUGGCUUUUAGAUUUAUCUUUCCUCACUGAUCUCACCGGCGAGCUCAGUGAAUUGAAUUUAGAGCUGCAGGGUAAGGGUAAAGAUGUAGUCAACAUGAUGAGUUCAGUGAGCACGUUUAAAAGCAAGCUAAAGCUGAUGUCAAACAGGCUGCGGCUUGGUAACCUGUGCAACUUCCCUCACAUGCAAGCAGAACUACAACGUCAAGGUAAAGGUGUGGCACAGCUUGACAGUGCACGUUAUGAGGAGCAUGUUCAGAGCAUCUCAUCAGAGUUUGAGAGGCGUUUUACUGACUUUGCAUCCAUCGAGCCUAUCGCCAGCUAUAUGUGUUAUCCAUUUGGUGCAAGUAUUGAUGUAGGUGACAUUGCCGCCAAAGUCAAAUCACUUUUUGACUUUGAAAGCUCCACUCUUGAGGAUGAGAUUCUGACAUUGCAAAAUGACAUUGAGAUGAAAGCCAGAUCAACAUCCGCUCAACCUGGAGAGCAUGUAGUGUUCUGGAAACUACUGGUGGCAGAGAAGUAUCCCAGUCUCAGAAGAUGUGCUUUGAACCUGACAGCUCUUUUUGGAUCAACUUAUUUGUGCGAGUCUGCUUUCUCGCACAUGAACAUCAUCAAGUCCAAGUACAGAUCAACAAUGACUGAUGAUCACCUUGCAGCCUGCCUACGCCUUGCAACCAGCUCCUACACUCCUAACUACGAAAAGCUAGCCUCCUCCUCCCAGUGCCAGGUCUCCCACUAA